AUGGCGAACGACAUCGCCACCGCCAACAACCAACUCGUACGCUUCUUCCUUUCCCUCCACCGUUUCCACACCGCUGAGUACGGACCCCAGGACGCCUUUGAAUACUACCACAUCAUCCAAGAAGAGUCCGGCCGCGCGUCAGGCGGCGUCGGACCCGCCCUCCCAGCUCUCGGGCAUGCAUUAGCAGGCGCUUUGGCGACGGCCGGCGCAAAGGCAUUCGUGUACCCAAUCGAGCUAUGCAUCACGCGACUACAAGUGCAGAAACAGUUGCGAGGGAAAGGGGAGGCGGAGAGCGCGGCGCGGGAUGCGGAGACGGAGUAUGCCUCGCUCCUCGACGCUGUGCAGAAGAUUUACAAGACUGAGGGCGGACUGAAGGCUCUGUAUACGGGUUUGACGCCGGAUCUGGGGAAGGGUAUUGCAGAUUCGUUCUUGUUCUUCUUAUCGUACACCUUCCUCCGCCAGUACGAGAAGCAGAAAGGCCAUGGCGCCUCGCUCUCGGUGUCCAAAGAGUUGGGCGUAGGCGUCGCCGCGGGCGCGUUUGCGAAAUUCUUCACCACGCCCAUCCAGAACAUUGUUACACGCCAACAGACCGCUGCACUCGUCGCGGCGCGGGACCCGACAUCCUCUACCACCCCCGGCGAAAGCGACAAGCUAUCCAUGAAAGACAUCGCCCUCCAAAUCCGCUCCGAGCGCGGCCUCGCAGGCUUCUGGCGCGGGUAUAGCGAAUCCGUCAUCCUGACCCUCAACCCGGCCAUCACCUUCGCCGUCGACAAGCUGAUGAAACGUCUCCUCCCCCGCGCCCAGCGGGAGAAUCCAAGCGGACGCACAAUCUUCCUCGUCGCCGCGUUGUCCAAAGCCAUCGCCACCACGAUAACGUACCCGGCUAUGCUGGCGAAAUCCCGCGCCCAAGCCGUCACGCCGAAAGCCUCGCUCGGCGCUGAAGAAGAGGCUGAGGGGGCGGAGACGGGAGGGCCGCCGGAGAUGCUGGAGAAGUCUUCGACGCUCAACGCGACGCCGAGACGGAGGAAGGCGAAGAGUUUGCUGCAGCGCCUUUUCUCGAUGCUCUCCGCGCAGUACGCGAUAUAUGUCUCGCUGCGCAAAAUCUACCGCAUCGAAGGCCUGUCGGGUCUCUAUUCUGGUUUGGAGGGGGAGGUGUUGAAGGGGUUCCUGCAGCAUGGGUUGACGAUGAUGAUGAAGGAGAAUGUGCACGUCGGUGUCAUCCAGUCCUAUUAUCUCUUAUUGAAAGCUACACGCCGGUGGCCGGAGGGAUUGGAGAAAGCGCAGGGGGAGGCGGGGAGAGUCGCUGCGGAUGCGCAGGAGAAGGUCGUGCAGGCGGGGGAGGCAGUGAGUGAGGGGGCGAGGAAGAUGGGUGAGGGGGUGAAGGGGGCGGUUGAUUCGGCUAGUGGGAAGGAGUGA